CCACUUUUCACUUACUCCCUCCUCUCCGUCCCCCCACCUCACCACUGCCCUUGUCCCUUCCGUUGCUCCUUUUACAUUGAACUUGGAUGGAUACAGUUGAGCGAAGUGUGUCCCAACACACGACCACUUGCGGGAACACGAGCGAAUUUUAAUUCAAUUCAAUCCGCGAGAGGCGCUAGCUGUAAUUGCAUCCUGUAUAAUUUAAGCCUUGUUCCCUUCCUCCUCUCCUUCAAUUGUCAGCAGGUUCCUGUAGUCCGAAAAAUAAAACGUCCUUAUUGAUUUUGUAGAUUCUCGCACGGGGAUCGGAUAAUCAGCACGGAACGAACCAGGAUCAUUGGAAUGGACUGUGGAUUAAGACAUAAGAGAAGCACUGAGAAUAUUCGUAACUAAGAACAAGUUUACACGGCUUACAUACCUACUCCAGUAACCGUGCAAUUUACUCAUACACGCCUGGUACAGAGGGGUCUCGUAUAAUAUACUUACGUUAUGUACACGAGGUACACAUGCGUGUACGCACAGGCCUAUGGAUGGCUGGAGCAUCGGGGAUGCUUGGUAGAAGUAGUGCGAGACAGCAUCUUGAAAUAGUAAAAGCGAGCAGCACGCCUGGACACGUGGUAAUUUACAACUUGUUUCGUGAUUAUUCAGAUGGGACUUCUCCAGCAAGAGGCUUUGAAUACCACAGUCGACUUUCUACGGGACCCCGUAUAAGAAUUCUCUUUGCUGCAACUGCCCAGGCUCAGGCCUCAUUUUGGGACUUAAUAGGGAUGGAACGUGAUACAGAUCGUAUCCCAAGGGGCUACUUUUACCCUUGGCUAGACACCCUGCAGACAUUGGAGAACGCUCAAAGGAACGCGUACCGGUCUUGUAAGACUGGGAGUGGACCAAGCCUGGUAGCUCAAGUAAAAGAGGAAACACUUUCAGUUCUAUAUAACGUGCAGCGCCCAGUUUAUGGGUUAGCCCUGGCAUUUUUUGGGGGCAAUUUUUAAAAUCAUCCAUACCGGAUUUAACAU